AUGGCGCGUACGCACAAGACGGCCCACAUCAAGGCUGCGAUGGCGGAGAAAGAGCGUCUAGCCAAGGAAUCACGACGGGACGACAUCGCUCGCGUGCAGGAUGCGCACGAUGGAAAAGAGAAAAGUCCACCGAAAAUACUUCGGAGGAGCGACCUGGUGACGCGGAAGCGCAGGAGGACGAAGACGAGAAUGUCGCGGAAUCAACCGGUGUGGAGGCCAAGAAAUGGCUCGGAUAGUGCGGAUGUGUCGGAGGAAGAUGUCGCACAGACUCCAGUGGCUGAAGAGCCGUCGGGGCGGCAGCGUCAAGGGAAAGGGCCGUUUUAG